UCAAGCUUCAGUCCCACCAAGAAAAAAAAAAUGUUGCUGGCUUGAUUUCCAAAAUGGUUAUGUAGUUCCAUAAAGCUAAUAUGAUAUAUUUCUAAAAGCAAAAGAGAAAGUAGAUGGUUUGGGUGUCUUAUUUUGUUUAGUUCUGUUUUCUUGUAGUAAAAUUACUGGGGGAAUGGAAAAAGACAAGCAUGUUAACAAAAAUGACACGUGCUGUGGUGUUAGGAAUAUUUCGUCAUUAUGUAUUUGAGAAGGUACAAUGACUGCAUCUGUCUGUUUGAGUAGAGGACAAGGAACCUCACCAGUGGCCAUGCAGAAAGCCCAGCAGGUGUCUCAAGGUCUGGAUGUGCUUACAGCGAAGGUGGAAAAUGCAGCUCGCAAGCUGGAAGCAAUGACAAACUCCAAGCAGAGCAUUGCGAAGAAGAUCGAUGCUGCUCAGAAUUGGCUUGCAGAUCCGAAUGGUGGACCUGAAGGAGAAGAACAGAUUCGAGGAGCUUUGGCUGAAGCUCGGAAAAUAGCAGAAUUGUGUGAUGAUCCGAAAGAGAGAGAUGACAUUCUGCGUUCCUUGGGAGAAAUAUCUGCUCUGACUUCUAAAUUAGCAGAUUUACGAAGACAGUAUGUAUUUAAUCUUUUUCUUUCUCCUUUUCCCACCUUCUCUCUUCCCUCUUUUCUGUGACCCCAGGAAUAUAUAGAGUUUAAUCUCCAUAGGUUAAAUGCAUGUGGCAUGCUCCUCUAUUCUUAUUCUUUGUGUCAGAUAAUACCUUGAUUGUUUGAGGCUGAGUAAUUUAUUGCUGACUGGGGUCGUGGCUCAAGUGGAAGAAUGCCUGCCCAGCAAGCACAAAAUCCUGAGUUCAAACCCCAGUAUUGUCAAAAAAAUAAAUAAAUAAAUAAAAUCCAGGUAAUAAUUUAUU